AUGACCACGACAGAGCUCGGUAUGGGCGGCUCUGGUGUCGUCCUCCUUGGCUCGUACUGUGGUCAAAACGUUGCGGUCAAGCGGUUCCGAAACGCCAAGUACUGCUCGUCGUUCGAGGUCGAAGCCGACGCACUUGUCGCGUGUCCGUCUCCAUUUCUCGUGCGGCUGGUGGCCAUCGCAGGUCGCCACUCGGACACACCAGCCCUUCUCUUCGAGUACAUGGAUGGCGGUAGUCUUCGGACGCACCUCGAGAAGAAGCGCAUGAACGAGCGUACACCGGUGCACGUGACCAACCUCCACGUGGCGUGGGUCAUCGCCAACGCCUUGCGAGAUCUGCACGCCAAGAAGCUCGUGCACCGCGACAUCAAGAGCGGCAACAUCCUUCUGAGCUCAAGUGGCGAGGUCAAGCUCGCCGACCUCGGACUCGCGCGGCUCGAGGCAGCGAGCAUGACCGAAGCACCUGUCUACGGCUGCCCCGCCGACAUUUACUCGUUCGGCGUCCUCCUCACUGAGCUCGCCACGGGCCAACUGCCGUACUUUAACCAAGACGUCCAAGACCCGAUUGCGUUUACCCGCGGUGUCGUCAACGGCACGCUUCGUCCGACGCUGACGACCGAAUGCGAGCCAUGGCUGCGACAGCUGGCCGAACGCUGCCUGCAUGCCGAUCCGAAGGCGCGCCCGACAGCGGCGUCCAUUGUCGAGAUGCUCAGCGUUGAGAUGGCGGCUGCUCCGCCACCAGGCAUGAGCACAUACCUGCACGCAGUGGCCACGGACGACGUCGACACGGUGGCGCAGCUGCUGACCCACCGUGUACCACUGGACUGGAAGCUACCGGUAGUCGCCACCCUCAUCACCACCGUCUGA